GUACGGUGCUAUCACAAUAUGCAUCUGAUUGUGUGCACAGGCUUGUGGCUCUGUCCUGGGCCUUCUCUCUCCUCUUUUGGUCCCUGAACCGAUAGGGAUGGGCGCCUUCUCUUUCGCCUUCUCUUCCCAUCUAGCCCCGCCCAGUGCUGGGUACCUGCAACUCCUCAAUACUGGAAACUGGUUCCUGCCAGUGCGUCCACAUCUCAGCCUUGGCAGCAGCUGCCGCCCCUCAGCCCCCUCCCCUUCCUACCUCAGGAAUCGCCGCUGUGGUUCCCGAAAGGCCCGUGACUGAGCAGCAGUUGCCUGGGGGAAGGGAGAAUCCAGUGAAGCCAGACAGCACACACUACCUCCCUGGCUCAGCCUCUGGCAGGGCACAGACCCUCCCCAGUGAGACCCAGAGCUGCCCAGUCACCCUCAGCCCCUCUGAUGAGCCCACCUUGUUGGGACCUGGGGUAGAUUUGGGAUCUGUGUCUUUAAGGCUGAGACAUCAGCAGGCAACCCCCUGGCCAAGUGUCCAAGGGAGGGGGAGGGGAAGAGGCCAGUCCAUUAGCGGCAGAGCUGGCGCCAGGCAGCAACUCUUCACAGAGCACCGGGGAUUACAAGAGAUCAGCCCCUCCUCACCCACCUCAGCUGCCUCUGCCCUCCUGUUUUCCCAAAACUCCUGGUUUGGUGACAGAGGGGGCAGCUGACAGCAGGUGAAACAGAGCCUAGCCUUCAGGGGAACAUGUGGAGGCACAGCCUCUGUGGCCUGAGCCAGGCCCAUUCUCUCUCCACCUGGGCCACCUCCUCCCUACUCAUGUCCAGAAGCCCGCCCCUUAACUUCCAGUCCUCCUAUCCCCCAAUUUUUACCAGCUUUUUCAGGCAGGGACCCCAGUUCGAAUCAGGCCCUCUCACCCUAGGCUCCAGCUCUGGAUGCUUGCUGGAAGGUGCUGACCCCCAACCCCCCACCUGCCUGUGGCCUAUGGUGGCCAUUCCUGCUCCCUCCGCAAGCAACAGGGGGAAUCAAGUAGGCAGAACGCCAGCAACCGGGAGGGAGGGCGCGGCGCUCCUGCUGCUCCGCAGGGGUGGGGCGUCCCCCUCCCCACAUAGCCCCACUGUCAGGCCAGUGGGAGGAGCAGCCCAUGCCCCCCCUGAGCCCGCAGGGCUAUAAAGCUGCCUCGCUGCGGUCUGCGGCUCCCUCCUAGUGCCCGGACCAGCUCUGCCAGCGGUAACUGCCCAUCCUCGGCCGCCAUGAGCCACCCGUCGGGCCUCCGGUCCAGCGUCAGUUCCACCUCCUACCGCCGCACCUUCGGGCCACCGCCCUCACUGUCCCCUGGGGCCUUCUCCUACUCGUCCAGCUCCCGCUUCUCGAGCAGCCGCCUGCUGGGCUCGGCGUCCCCCGGCUCCUCCGUGCGCCUGGGCAGCUUCCGCGGUCCGCGGGCGGGCGCGGGCUCCCUCCUGCGCCUGCCCUCGGAGCGCCUCGACUUCUCCAUGGCCGAGGCCCUCAACCAGGAGUUCCUGGCCACGCGCAGCAACGAGAAGCAGGAGCUGCAGGAACUCAACGACCGCUUCGCCAACUUCAUCGAGAAGGUGCGCUUCCUGGAGCAGCAGAACGCGGCCUUGCGCGGGGAGCUGAGCCAGGCCCGGGGCCAGGAGCCUGCGCGCGCGGACCAGCUGUGCCAGCAGGAGCUGCGCGAACUGCGGAGGGAGCUGGAGCUGCUGGGCCGUGAGCGCGACCGGGUGCAGGUGGAGCGCGAUGGGCUGGCGGAGGACCUGGCGGCACUCAAGCAGAGGCUGGAGGAGGAGACGCGCAAACGGGAGGACGCGGAGCACAACCUCGUGCUCUUCCGCAAGGACGUGGACGACGCCACCCUGUCCCGCCUGGAGCUAGAGCGCAAGAUUGAGUCUUUGAUGGAUGAGAUUGAGUUCCUCAAGAAGCUGCACGAGGAGGAGCUGAGAGACCUGCAGAUGAGCGUGGAGAGCCAGCAGGUGCAGCAGUUUGAGGUGGAGGCGACCGUGAAGCCUGAACUGACGGCGGCGCUGAGGGACAUUCGCGCCCAGUACGAGAGCAUUGCGGCGAAGAACCUUCAGGAGGCAGAAGAGUGGUACAAGUCCAAGUAUGCGGACCUGUCUGAUGCCGCCAACCGGAACCACGAGGCCUUGCGCCAGGCCAAGCAGGAGAUGAACGAGUCCCGACGCCAGAUCCAGAGCCUGACGUGCGAGGUAGACGGGCUUCGCGGCACGAACGAGGCACUGCUCAGACAGCUGCGGGAGCUGGAGGAGCAGUUUGCUCUGGAGGCAGGAGGGUACCAGGCGGGCGCCGCGAAACUGGAGGAGGAGCUGCGGCAGCUAAAGGAAGAGAUGGCGAGACACCUGCGAGAGUACCAGGAGCUCCUCAACGUCAAGAUGGCCCUGGACAUCGAGAUCGCCACCUACCGGAAGCUGCUGGAGGGCGAGGAGAGCCGGAUCUCCGUGCCGGUCCAUUCCUUUGCAUCCUUAAGUAUAAAGACGACUGUGCCUGAGGUGGAGCCCCCCCAGGAGAUCCACAGCCGCAAGAUGGUUCUGAUCAAGACUAUUGAGACCCGGGAUGGGGAGCAGGUGGUGACAGAGUCCCAGAAGGAGCAGCGCAGUGAGCUAGACAAGUCUUCUACUCACAGCUACUGAACUCAUUGGUCCAGAGCUCCCUGCCCCUGCUCUAGGCCUCUAAGCCCAAACCCUAACACCAGCCCUGAGUUAGUCUUCUCCCCUCUGCAUGCAUCUAGGGGAUGGUGCCAGUCUCCCCUUCCCUGGCCAGGGCCACACCCUACCCGGCACCAUAGCUGGGCCUUUCCUUGCCUCCCCCUGCCCACAUAGAAAUGACCCAUAUAUUCCCAUUUCCUGUCCUAGUAAGAGGCCGACUAAGCCCAGGAUGAGUCUACUCCCGCCAUGUCCCUAUGAUUAGUGGGUGGACCAGGGUCUGAGUUUCACUUUUAAAGCAAAUAAAACUAUCACAAGAA